AUGGGUUGCCUUCAGAGUAAAAAAGAAAUAUCUGAUCUACAUCCAAAUGUUUUUCGUGUUGUGAAUAUUGAUGAAAACGGUGUAGACUUGUGCUCUGGACAGCUGGAAAUCACGGAAUCUGAUAUUAUUUUAUACAGAGAGGGCAGGGAUUCAACUAUCUGGCCUCUUCAUUCACUUCGGAGAUAUGGUUUUGAAGGAGAAAUAUUCAGUUUUGAAUCAGGUAGGAGAUGUGAAACCGGUGAAGGUAUUUAUGGAUUCAGAUGUCGCCGAGCAUCCCUAUUAUUUCAAACAUUGCAACAACAAAUACAGUUAAGAAAUGUUGUUCAUGAUUCUGUGCCCUAUCCAGUCUCUCGUUUAACGCCAUCUCCUCAAGGCAGACAGACAUUACAAGCCACUGUUAUCCAUCGAUCCUCUGUCGACAACGGGCAACCGGACAAUGCUGGAACAGGAUUCAAUAACAACAUCACCACAAUAAAUAGUACAGUGCCACCAGCAAUUAUACCAUCUCCCCAUUCUCCAUCGAGCGCUGACAUAUUAGAAGUGAUGCCACUGUAUCCAAGAUCUCAAUCAUCAAGCAACCAUGUGACCAAUGUUUAUCAAGUGAGGGAUUUUAAACGUGAACAUAACAAUAACCAGGCCGAUGUCAACAAUGAUACAAGACAUGUUUAUACAAAUGAUUUUAAUAGAGACCUAGCUAUGCUUCGGAAAACAUUGAAACAAGAAAUCGCUUUAAAUACAAUCAGGGAUAUAGAAGACGAAACAAGAUUCUUAGAAAGGAGACACAUCAAUGAGAUGAAAACAGAUUCUGGAAACCACCCUCUGUCACCUACAAUAAGUUGCUCAAGUGAACAUUAUGCUCAACUUAGUACUGAACAACAAGAAACAUCUAGAAUGUAUGUGAAUAUUGCACCGAGUACUAACAACUCGGCUACAGACAUUAAAGCUGACCCAGUCCCAACAACACCUCUUACACCAAAACAAGUAGAAUAUUGUAAUCUGACUGUCGGCUUAAAACCAGAGAUAAAUACAUACGCAAAUGUUAUGUUGGGAGAUUUCUCAGAUAGUGCAAAAGGUUCAAGAACAAUUCACAAUUCAGAACACAACCAAAAAUUCUCCGAGUCGGAUACUUUUACAUCAAUGUCGCCGGUUGAGGAAAUGGAAGUCAAUUACGCAGUUCUUGAUAUAGACACUAACAAAGAGAAUAUUAAGGUAGCAAGAGAGCUUGCUUCCCCGGAAAGUCAGUCAUACAACAGUUCCAAAAACGAAAGCUCGGCUUCGCACACAUCUCAACCUAGAGCGAGAGUCGUGUCACAGUCUAGCAUCGACAGAACCACUUCCAAUCCAAUAAACCCACCAUCUAGUAUUGGUUAUACAACAAUUGAUUUUGAUAAAACUGUUGCACUGACAUCAGUAGCUGCUGGGGCGGAGAGCAAUAUGGAUGGUCCUAGAAAAAAUCGCCACAACUCUUGCAGUAUAUUAAGUGGAAGUCCGGGCAGUAGUGAAAAAUGUAGAGGAAAUAACUGA